AUGGGGUUAACUUCAAAGUUAAGACUUAGAAAGGACAACAGUCAAGACUCGGUUGAUAAUGGUCUGCAAUCUGCUGAUGAUGUGGACGAAAUGGACAAUGAGAACCAAUCCAUUCUUCUAAGUAUUAUAGCCCAGUUAAGGCCAGGUUCGGAUUUGACCAGGAUCACCCUUCCAACUUUUGUUUUGGAAAAGAAAUCUAUGCUCGAAAGGAUUGGUAAUGCUUUCUUUACGCCACAGCUUCUUUUAGAAGCGAAUGGAACAGAUGAUCCAUUGAGGAGAUUCAUGUUGAUUGUUAUAUGGUAUUUGUCAGGGUGGCACAUAGCCCCCAAGGCAGUAAAGAAGCCAUUAAAUCCUGUUCUAGGCGAAAUUUUCUCCUGCUAUUGGGAUGAUUUACCCGAGAAUAAGAAAGCAUUCUACAUUGCUGAACAGACUUCACAUCAUCCACCGAAAUCUUCGUAUUUUUACCUUCUUCCAGAACUGAAAAUCAAAGUAGACGGUGUAGUUGUUCCAAGAUCAAAGUUCUUAGGGAAUUCGUCUGCUGCAAUGAUGGAGGGCCUAGCAAGAUUGACAUUGGGAGAACAUGAUGAGGAGUACACCAUGACCCAACCAAAUAUCUACUGUCGUGGAAUUUUGUUUGGUAAGCUCAAGUAUGAACUUGGUGACCAAAUGACAAUCAAAUGUGAGAAACUUGGCUUUGAAGCAAGCAUUGAAUUCAAAACCAAAGGUUUUAUAAGCGGUGAUUACGAUGUAAUUGAGGGUGUUAUCAAAGAUUCAUCCUCACAAAAGAUUUUGGCGUCUGUUUCAGGUAAGUGGAAUGAGGUGAUGACGAUAAGUCCAACAGACGUAAAGCUCGAACCUAUAGUAUUGGAUACCAGAAAGGCUCUGGUGAACACACCAAGUGUUAAGCCCUUAGAACAUCAAGCUGAUAACGAAUCAAGAAAGUUAUGGAAGAAGACUAUUGAUGCUUUGCAUAAGCGAGACCAUACAGUUGCAACUGAAGAAAAAUUUAAGGUGGAAGAAGCACAGAGAAUAAGAGCCAAAGAAAGGGUAGCUAACGGCGAAGAUUUUGUUCCCGCUAUAUUCAAACCAGUACAAGAUGAUGUUCCCUUUGUUCUCAGGAAAGAAAUGAAUGUGAAAGACGAAGACCCUCAAUAUUUGAUCCACGAAUUGUUGGACUUGCACCCUAUAACUGGUUUCAAUGAGUAA